AUGCUGACAGUAGCAAUCAAAAAGAGGUCCAAAGUUCCUGGUGUGAUGAUUACUCAAUUUGUAGAGGAAAUUCCUCCAGGAAAAAGCCACCCCGACUUCACACGGAAACCCAUCGCGCUGACUAUUCAGGAAGGAAAGCUAGCUUUCUUUAAAGCAAUCGUCACUGGGGAUCCAACACCGACUGUGAGAUGGGCUCGAAAUAACGGUGAUAUUUCUGAUGCAGAAAAAUACACGGUUGUUUAUGAGAAAAUCUCAGGAGAACAUCAGUUACAGAUGCCUAAUGUGACUGUAGAACAGGCUGACACCUAUAAGUGUUUGGCAGAGAAUGAGUUUGGCCGUGCAGUUGUUACUGCCACACUGAACGUAAUUGAAGCUCACCGUGAACAACCAGCCGAUUUCAAAAAGACUUUGAGAACUCGACGUGAUCAUCCAAAAGAAGAAAGAAAAGACGGAGAAGUUGAUGAAAGAUUCUGGGAGCUACUGUUAAGUGCUGAUAGGAAAGACUAUGAGCGUAUUUGUGCUGAAUAUGGAAUAACUGACUUCCGUUGGAUGCUAAAGAAGCUGAAUGAGAAGAAAAAAGAGAUAGAAGAACAGCAGGCACAGUAUGUUGAAUACCUGAGCAACCUGAAACAUAUUGAGAUCAAAAAUUCGGGAUGUGCGCAGUUUGAAUUUGAGAUGGAUCUUAAGGAUCCCAAUGCGAAAAUCUACCUCUUUAAAGAUGGUGUUAUGGUUGAAUUAAACUCUGACACGAAUGAAAAGCACUGCCUGCGUCAAGUUGGGAGGAAGUUUAUCUUCACUGUUAAUGGUCUGUCUCCAGAGGAUGCUGGACUCUACCAAGUAGACGUUGAAGGGGUCAAUAUCUUCUCCACAGAUUUUAAAAUUCCAGCAGCAGACUUCCUGGUAAAGAUUGAAGAAGUAAAAGCAGCUGAAAGAGAGGACGCAGUGUUCGAGUGUCUUCUGUCUGCUCCACUUCAGAAGAUCAAAUGGAUGGGAAAAAGUGCCCCCUUGGUUCAAAGCCCAAAAUAUGAAAUUACUGUGUCCAAGGACAUGCUGAUUCAUCGAUUGGUUGUGAAGGAUUGUAUGAUGGUGGAUAAAGGCAUAUAUGCUGCUGUGGCUGGAAUUAAGUCUUGCAAUGCCUGGCUGUUAGUAGAACCUGACAAUAAUCCCAAUAACCAUGGAAAGAAAGCAGCACGGAAAACAACUCAGGCCAGAGGGAGUGUGGUUGACUUGGAGAAGAUUGCAGCUGAGCAGCAAGCCAAGCUACAGGAGCAAGGAGAGUGGAAAGAGCUGCUCAAACAGCAGCAGAAAAGAGUUAGGACCGGCCCAUUGGUCCCUGACACUGUAAUAGAGUCAGGAGUUUACUUCACUAGUGGCUUACAAGACGUCAGAGCCAUUAUGGGACAAGCAGCUGAGAUUGUGUGCAAGUUAAGUGCACAAUGUGAUGGAGUGUGGUAUAAGGAUGGCAAAGAGAUAAACCCCACAGAUGACCUGACAAUUAUCAAAGAAGGAACAAUUCACAAACUAGUGAUUAAUAACUGUACAGAGGAUGACAGUGGAAAGUAUCGCUUUGAGGCAGAUGGUCGUAAAACAGAGGCUGUGUUUACUGUGGAAGACCCACCAAGAUUGAACCAAGAUGAUCUGACGAAGUUCUCAGAGCCUGUGGUGAUCAAAGUCGGCCAAAACGCCACCUUCAAAAUGAACUUUGUGGGUCGAGAUCCAAUGAAAGUUCAGUGGUACAAUGAGGGCGAAGAGCUGCAGAAUGACAUCAACAUUAAGAUUGAAAAGUCCCCCAACUACAGCCAGCUGUUCCUCACCAAAUGCCAACGCAGAGAUACGGGAGAGAUCAAGCUCAAGAUUAGGAAUGAAUAUGGAACAAUCGAGGCUCUAUCCAAGCUCAUUGUCUUAGACAAACCUACCAACCCUCUUGGCCCUGUGGAGGUAAUUGAGGCAUCUUCAUCUUGUGUGGAGUUUAAGUGGAGGCCUCCGAAAGACGAUGGAGGGUCACCUGUGAUUCACUACAAUCUGGAACGGCAACAGUUAGGACGAAACACCUGGAAGAAACUAGGAAAUAUUGCUGCUAAGCCCCACUAUAAGGACACCGACGUAGACCAUGGCAGGAAGUACAGCUACCGUAUUAGGGCCAUAACUGCAGAGGGCACCAGCGAUGUGUUUGAAACUGAUGACAUACAAGCUGGCACAAAAGCCUAUCCCAGUCCACCUUCUGCACCCAAAGUUGUUAGUGCCUUCAAGAACUGCAUCAACUUGUCAUGGAGCCCUCCAACCAAUACAGGAGGAACCAACAUUGUGGGCUACAACCUUGAAAAACGCAAGAAGGGGAGCAACUUGUGGAACCAAGUAAACUCCCCAGAGGAGCCAAUCAAAGCUAAACAGUAUGGAGUGAAAGACAUUGUUGAAGGAAUAGAAUACGAAUUCCGUGUUGCAGCCAUAAACUUCUCUGGUGCCGGAGAACCAAGUUCCCCAUCUGAGUUUGUUAUAGCCAGAGAUCCCAAAAAGUCCCCCGGUAAAGUCAUCGAUUUGAAGGUGUCAGACUCGACAUAUUCUUCUUUGUCACUGAGCUGGAUUAAACCAAAAGAAGAACAAGGGGUGCAAGAUGAAGCUAAAGGCUACUUUGUAGAACUAAGACCAGCUGAGAGCACAGAAUGGACCCGCUGCAACGCAAAUGCUAUUAUAACAACUUCCUACACAAUUCUUGGUCUGAAGUCUAUGGCCAUGUAUUGGAUACGGGUAGUUGCAACCAACGAAGGUGGAAAUAGUGAACCUCAGGAUCUGGACAAUUACAUCAUUGCCAUGCCCCCUCCAGUCAAACCAAAUUUUACUGAUCGAAAAAUGAAGAGCUUUAUGGUGGUGAGAGCUGGACAUGCUGCUCGGGUCAACAUGCGUUUUGAGGCAUCCCCCAUGCCCACAAUAACGUGGCUCAAAGAUGGAAUGCCUUUAUGUAAACAUGUGACUGUGAGCAACACAGAAGGCAGCUCCCAGCUCCUGAUUCCAUCUGCAGAGCGCUCUGAUACUGGAAUCUACACCAUCAUCAUCAAGAACAUAGUGGGCCAAGUGGUCUUCAGUACUGAGAUUAGGGUCACAGAUGAUCCAAAACCUCCUGGGCCAGUGGAGCUGGAGGAAAACGUCCCUGGCACAUUAACCGUCUCCUGGAGCCCGUCUUCGGAUGAGAAACGAGACGAUCAUCUGUACUACGUCAUAGCCAAACGUGACUCAGUCAAACAGACCUGGCACACGGUGGCUGACCGAGUGUUCAACAACAACGUCACAGCUGUAAACAUCAUGCCAGGGAGAGAGUAUAUCUUCCGUGUGUAUGCCAAGAAUGAUAUUGGGCUCUCUGCACCUUCGGAGUCGACAGUAUGGAAGGUUGUGAUUAAGAAAGAAAAGUUUACCUUCAGUUUACCUGAGCACAAAACCAUCAGCUUUGAGUCAGCGCCUACCUUCACAGUUCCACUAAAAACACACACCAGCCCUGAAAAAUACGAGUGCUACAUGAGCUGUGCCGUGAAAGGCAAUCCCACCCCACAUGUUACCUGGUACCGCAACAACAUCAGUCUCAACACAAACACAAACUACUACAUCUCCAACACCUGCGGCGUCUGUUCCUUACUGAUCCUGAGAGUGGGGCCUAAAGACAACGGAGAGUACAAAGUCAUGGCUGAGAAUUCUUUAGGACGUGCCGAGUGCACCACCAAGCUCACAAUAAGAGAAUGAAGAGAUGCUUCGUUGGUGAAAUCUAAGCUAAGCAUAUGUAUAAUAAAUCAUAGCUAUAAAGCUAAACCACAC